CCACCCCACUCACUCAGACACUUAACUAAAAUGCGCACAAAUGAACAUUAUCGCUCAGCUUCAGUUGCUAAAAUGAGCAUAGUGCGUGACGCCCCCGCUUACUUAGCUUGAUUUCUUCUUCUCCCUUUACAUAAAGGAACCAUCUUUUCGCUCAGCUCUCUUCUCCUUCUCUCUUUCUCUUUGUUUCAGAUUUAUUGGCUUGCUGCUGAGAUUGUAAGUUUAUUUCUUUGUGAGUGAUGCAGAGUAUGCUGAGAUCAUUUCUUGACAAGAACCAAAUGUCUUCUGACAUAAGCUAAACUCUCUUCUUACAGUCUCUCUCACUCUCCUUGUUGUAAAGUUUUGAACUUUAGUUCGUUUUGAACAAAAAAAGAAAGAACUUUAGUUGGUGAACUAUAUGGCAGCUCAAGGCAACAGAUCUAUCUCGUUGGUUCUGUUUCAGACUGUUUGAAAGUCUGAUUCUUCGGUGUUUUUUUUCUGAGGCUAGGGUUGGUUAAGUAGUUUCCUCUUUAGGAGUUUUUCCUAAUCGAGUUUCAAAGUUUGGGAAAGGGAUGGGUAGGAGGGAAAUAUCACAGGAUGAAGUAGGUCCACCGAUAAAUCCAAGAGCUGGAUUGCGAAGAGAACAAGCUGGAAGAGGUUCUUACAGAGGUAGUUAGUCACUUCGUAGCUCAUCCAAGUUCAUAAAGGGUUUCUCUCUUUUUUUAUUUUAAUUUUUGGGGUUGGGUAGGGAGAAGAAAGUGUACACAAAGACUGUUUUUGUUCGAACUUAUAAAAGAAUCAAGGGAAAGGGUUUUGUGUUUUUUAUUUGUCCGGAUCUUCAUUUGUCUCUCUUGAGUCGGACAUUAGUGAGGGGGGGGGGGGUGUUUUGGUUUUUGCCUCUUUAAUAAUGGGUUCUACUUCUCAAGAGAUACUGAGGGGUCUUUGCUCCAACACUGAGUGGAAGUAUGCUGUGUUCUGGAAACUUAACCAUUCAUCUCCAAUGGUACUUACCUUGGAGGAUGCUUACUGUGACAAUGAUGGGCACAAUAGCUCACCGGAAAUUCAGGGUUGUAGCGGUAUACCAAUAAACAUGCAUGGAGCACAUGACCCACUGGGUUUAGCUUUGGCGAAGAUGGCUUAUCAUGUCUAUUCUCUAGGGGAAGGGAUUGUAGGACAAGUUGCGGUUUCUGGAGAACACCAAUGGUUAUUCCCUGAAUAUUAUUAUGACAACUGUUACUCAGCAUCUGAGUUUCAUAACGUUUGGGAGAGUCAAAUAUCUGCGGGAAUCAAGACCAUUCUUGUAGUAGCUGUUGGUCAAUAUGGUGUUGUGCAGCUAGGCUCGUUGCGUAAAGUUGAUGAAGAUGUGACAUUGGUGAAUCAUAUCAAACAUAUGUUUUUGUCACUCAAGGAUCCACUGGCAGAUCAUGCAGCAAAUGUAAUGCAUUGUAAUAUGAACAGUUCGUUGUGCCUGCCAAAAUUACCUUCUGAGAGUUUACAUGUUGAGGCUUUCCCUAAUGUGCAAGGAUCUACUUCUGAGAGCAAUAACGAUGGCUUUCCAGUCGACUUGGUUGAUGCCAGUCACAUGGAAAUGACUAACGACUGCAAAGAUCCAAGAGGACUAGAUCCUAAUUUACAUCCGUAUUUGAGGAAUCAUGUGCUCAACAACACAAGCUCAUCUGCUUUAGCAAUUGAGGCUGAAAGAUUGAUUACAGAUCAGUCAUAUCCAGGCCUGCACUCAAGUGAGUCAAGUCGAUUCGAUGCUUUGAUCUCAUCUGGAUAUAAUUUUCCUGGUAGCGAGCUGCUAGAGGCAUUAGGCUCUGGUUUCAGGCAAACGAGAAGCAGGGGUCUUGAGGAGCUAGUGAAGUCUGAACAUGGCUCAGCAAUAAGACCAACAGAUGAUAAUAUGAGUCAUAGUCAGCUUACAUUUGACUCUGCCCCUGAGAAUCUUUUAGAUGCUGUGGUCGCUAAUGUUUGUCAUAGCGAUGGCAAUGCCAGAGAUGAUAUCUUCUCGAGCAGAUCUGUUCAGUCAUUGCUUACCAGCAUGGAAAUGGCAGAACCAUCAGGUCAAAACAAGCAUAUUGUUGGUAGGGCUAUGAAUCAGCUGCCACUAGUAGAGGUGGAUACUCAACAGAAUCCGUCAGAUAUCUGUGGAGCAUUUUCUUCCAUUGGGUUCUCAUCCACGUGUCCCAGCUCCUCUAGUGAUCAUUUUCAGACGUCCCUGGAGAUGCCUAAAAAGAAUAAAAAGAGGGCUAAACCUGGAGAAAGUUCUCGGCCUCGCCCAAGAGACAGGCAGCUCAUUCAGGAUCGAAUCAAGGAACUUCGAGAACUUGUGCCUAAUGGAUCAAAGUGCAGCAUUGAUUCUUUGCUAGAACGUACGAUCAAGCACAUGCUCUUUCUGCAAAAUGUUACUAAGCAUGCUGACAAGCUCAGUAAAAGUGCUAAUACAAAGAUGCAACAUAAGGAAACUGGCGCCCAAGGUUCAAGCUGUGCAGUGGAGGUUGGAGGUCAUCUUCAAGUGUGUUCUAUUAUCGUGGAGAAUCUGAACAAGCAUGGGAUGGUACUUAUCGAGAUGUUAUGUGAAGAAUGUAGCCAUUUUCUUGAGAUAUCAAACGUGAUCAGGAGCUUGGACCUAACCAUCCUGAGAGGCAUCACCGAAGCUCAGGGUGAUAAAACAUGGAUAUGCUUUGUAGUUGAGAGCCAAAGCAACAAAGUGAUGCAGAGGAUGGACAUUUUGUGGUCUCUGGUGCAAAUAUUUCAGCCUAAGGCUAAUAAUGGCAAGCGGUAGCAGCAGUGUUGGUUGCAAGACUUUGCGUUUAGAUGAGAAGAAAAAUAACAGAAAAUAAUAUGUGCUUGUACAGUCAUGUUGUUCUGACUCCGCAAUACUUGUUACUUGUUUGGGUUUUUAGGUAUAAAAAGUUACUUCUCAGUGUGCAUUUUGGAGUGUUUUAAGCGUGUUUAUGAAAUUGCAUGUUGUUUGGAUCCUUUUGAAUACAAAGUAAAAUAUUGUUAUAAAUUAAAUCCCG